AAAAAAAAAAUGGCUAAAAUUAGAACAAGGAAAGAAACGAAUAACAUUUAAAAAUAAUUGAAUUUCGUGCAAACAGUGAACGGGGUUCAUCUAGGAUCCAUCAAGGAACCAUUUGUAUUUUAAAAUAUCGCUCAGUUGAAUUUUAAAAUAGUGUUUUUGGCGCUCACUGUAAAAAUGUGGCGAAAUUCUAUUUUUAGCUUUCGCGGCUAUAAUAUAGCUGGUUUUCUAUUACAACGACGAUAUACUUAUCUAAGAAAUAACCAGUAUCUAUUUCGAGCUAGUUAAUUAUUUAUCAAUGUUGUAAAAUAGGCGUAAAUGUCUCGUUAUCGUUGCUCGUGAAAACGACUGGCAAGUGAUCAUUAUGAUAGUCUCAAUGUUUGUCGAGGUAUGAUAAUAGAAUCACACUGAAAAAUUGUGCCAGAAUUACCGUGACUAUGAUUAAGGUUCACUAAAAAUAAGUGCUUCUUAAAUAAUAACGUAACUCUAGAUUGGAAUAGUACGCGAACAGAUAUACUUGUUUCCGAAUCAGAUUUACAUACAUAGUUUCAUUGUUUUUACGAUUAAGUACACUGUCUUUUUAUUUUCAUUAAAUUAUUAUUGCCUGUUAAUAUCAUUGAUAAUUCGAAGAUAUGACUACUGAAUUAAAAGAAAAAACAAUUAAUAGCAUGCGUAAUUAUUACUUUUAUGCAUUUCAGAUGUAUUAUCAUUUUUAUGUUCAAAUUUUUUGUGGAAUACGUUCUGAUAGAUUGCUAAAUUUUUUUGCAAAAGGUGGCAGCACCUGUUACAUUCGCAUAACGAGAUGUUAUUUGAAUAUACUGUUUUUACAAAUAAAAUUUUUAUGUGAAAUUAAAGAAAAUAUUCUUUCUUUGUGAUGUUUGUUUUGAGAACCACUGUUCAUAAAUAGAAUCCGAAUUUUCAAUGCCAUGAAGUUCGUGCAGAGUUUAGGGUGGUGUAACGAUUUCACGUCGAGUGCGCACGAACAUUUACCACGAUUACACGACGAGUUGUCAAGGGUAAAAAUACUGCAGUACUGCUGCAAAACUUUUAGUUCGGAACUUGAAUGCGCAUCGGAGAUGCAUCCAUCAGUCACAUUGACGCCUUUGAACGAUGCAAAGACAUUGACCUCCAUCAACCCGUUUUUUUUUUCUACAGUCUCGAAUAUGUUAGGUUUCUCCCGGAAAAAUGGCGAUGCCCCUUUCCAUAGGCUUUCCCUGCUUCCCGGCCCUCUCGUGUAAACUCAUUUCCCUGAUACACAAUUUCCAGGGGCUACUUUCAAAUGAAUGACUUUACCGGCGGUAGAACAAAAUGUCGUUCUUCCUAAACUACAUGCAAUGUAAUUUCUCCUAUUUCUAGCAUUUUCUUUACCGACUCAUUAUAAUUCGAUGACGCCUUUCAGUGAAAUUAACCUCUUAUUCCACGAUAGGUUAAGUCUUUUUUAAUCUUUCGUAAAAUAAAGAAGAAAGAAAAGUGAAUUAUGCAUCGUUACGAACAAUUUCAAAUAUUUGAAUUGUCCGAAAUAAUUUUUAGACAAUUGAAAUUGAUGAAAGGUAUUCGUAAACAUAGUUAGUGCAUCGGAAUAUUAUCAUCGUUCUUUCCAGUGGAAUAUCACUGUACCUAUUUAUAAUAUAAAUACUUGUACGAAGAAUUAUUUUCUUCGUUAAUCGCACAAGUACUCUGAAAUUAAAGAAAGAUGUUGACGCGGCAUAAUAUAAUCACAGAAUCACCUCACGUUGAGGCUAUACCGAUUAAUCUUGUUACCACCGAGGAUGGUCGAACGCUUUUGGCAGUGACAGAACAUAAAGAUGGUAUGAUGGAAAUCGUUGCAACUCCAGUUACGCUCAUCGGUCAAAACGGUUCACCUACUUCGUUGGUUGAUGUAAAAAACUUUAAUGAAAACUUUAUACUGCACUCUCCUAUUUUUCAACUGAAUAUAGAAGAUAUCGUUGAUGGGACAGAUCUACAACAGCCUACAGAAAAUGUUGAACCUGGUACUGCUACUAACGACAGAUUAAAGUCACAAAUGUCCAUGGAAGCAAAGUGCAAGACAGAAACUAGUUGGGAAUACCGAUCUCCUUUGCAAAAUGAUUUAACAACAAUUAACAAACAGGAUGAAAGCUCUGUGCAAAAGUCAGUAAACGACGGUGUCAAAAGAAGUAGCCCUGGAAGACCUAAGAAAACUGCAACAGUUUCCUUACAAGGUACAGAAUGUUUAAGAUGCGACAUAUGCCAUCAAGAAUUUGUCAAACGGACUUUAUAUCGGAAACACAUGGAAAAUCAUGCGGAAGAGAAACCACAUCGGUGUCCAAAAUGUUCUGCAUCGUUCAAUGUACCGACCAAUUUUACUCUUCAUAUGGCGACUCAUAAUACGGGCGAACCAAAGUGCCCAGAAUGUGGGAAAAAAUUUACAAGAAUGGCUAGUUUAAAAUCUCAUAUGCUGCUACACGAGAAAGAGGAAAAUUUGUUCUGUACAGAAUGCGAAGACGCUUUUUCAACUAAAGCUCAAUUGGAUGCACAUUUGAAACUUCACGGAGAAAAGUGGGCGACGGAAGAGGCGCGAAAGUGUAAGCUAUGCAAUAAACAAUUUAGUCAACCGGCUUUGUACAGGCUUCAUAUUCGUGAACAUUACAGGUUGCAGACUAAAGUGGCAAAACAGACGAAAAAAGGAACGAAACAUAAAACGGUAUAUAAAUGUACGAUAUGCUUAAAGUCUUUCCAGAAACCGAGUCAAUUAAUGCGCCAUAUCAGAGUGCAUACCGGUGAAAAACCUUUCAAAUGUACCGUGUGCAGUCGUGCAUUUACACAAAAAAGUUCGCUGCAGAUUCAUACGUGGCAGCACAAUGGUAUUCGGCCUCAUGCUUGCGAACUUUGUAACGCGAAAUUCAGUCAGAAAGGUAAUUUGAACGCUCAUAUAAUGAGAGUCCACAAUGUGCCAGAGGGAGAGCCAAUAUAUGGAUGUAACUAUUGUUCGUGCAUAUUUAAAAAGCUUGGAAGUUUGAACGGCCAUAUGAAACGCAUGCAUGCCGAUAUAGACGAGGAAGGAACCACUGUUGCUGAUGCUACUAGUGACACUCAUCCGGCCGAUAUCAUGGAAUCCGACAUACGUGCGACCGUGGACAGUGUUAUAACACAGUUGGCGUCUUUGGAAGCGAACACAGAAGAAAUUGAAAAAUCGUCAAAUAGCAAAGCGAAUUUGUUGUCGGAAGGAACUAUGAAAAAGGACAUAUUACAAGAAGCACUGAAAAAUAGUGGUCUCCCUAGUAAAAAUAAAACCCUGAACGAAGGUACGACGGAAACGAAAAAGCUUGGGGCGCGUACUAAUUUUGUAACGUUAUUGGAUCGAGCGCCCGACGGUGGCACUAGAAAAUAUUUAACCAUAAAACAGCGAUGCGUAGGGAACAUAAGGUGGUACGCGUGUACCUUUUGUCAUAAGGAGUUUAAAAAGUCGUCAGAUUUGAUACGUCAUCUUCGUGUGCACACGCAGGAGAAACCUUUCAAGGUAUGCGAUUGUCAGGGAAAAAGAUUAAUUUCUUCUAUAUGCCUUCCUGUUGUAAAGGAAUUGACACUUUUUCUACACUUUCAGUGCACGCAUUGUUAUCGUUCGUUCGCUUUGAAGUCUACCAUGAUCGCACACGAACGAACUCAUUCUGGUACGAAAAGAUAUGCUUGCGAUUCUUGUGAUAAAACAUUUGCGUGUCACGGAAGUUUAGUUGGCCAUACCAGAUUGCAUGGAAAAUCUAAAAAGAAUUGUAAUAAAACAAUUGUCGACGAUGAUAAGAACAGUGGUGCGCACACCAGAGAAAGUAUCAGCGGUGUCUGUCAGUCGUCUGUCAAUCAGUCGAAAGUUCAAGCUAAGAAUAAGUCAAAGUUAUCACCCGAAGCGGAGAGCCUAGCACAGCAAGUAGUGUUACAAGAACCCUUGGUAAUCAGUGACACGGGGAAUAAAAUUUGCGUCGCGCAAGUAGCAUCAAAGGAAAAACGUGCUUACGAUGCGUCUACCGAUCCAGCUAGACCGCACAAAUGUUUGGUCUGCCAAGCGGCAUUCAGAAAAAUCAGUCACUUGAAGCAACAUCACCGUCGGCACACCGGUGAACGUCCUUACGAAUGCACCAAAUGCGACAGGAGAUUCACAUCGAACAGCGUGUUAAAAUCACAUUUACACACGCACGAAGAUUGGAGACCGUACGGUUGUCCCAUAUGCGAUGCGAAAUUUUCUACGCAAAGCAGCAUGAAAAGGCAUUUAGUUACUCACAGUAACAAAAGACCAUUCAUGUGUCCGUACUGUCACAAGACUUUCAAGACUUACGUCAAUUGUCGGAAGCACAUGAAAAUCCAUAAACACGAAUUGGCACAACGGCAAUUGGAGCAACAGAAACUUCAAAUGCAGGAACAAUCGACGGAGCAGAUUUUUCGAGAAGAUUCCAAAGAAAUGAGAGCUCUCGAAUCGAGCUGUUCGCCCUCUGUUUCGAACGCUACCAGUACAAAUGUCGUCACCACCGUCGCUGCCACUUCUGCUAUCAUUACAACGGCCGUUUCUACGUUUUCCGACAAUCUUACGUCGUUUUCUCGUCUUGGCGCGGUUGAAAUAUCGUUUCAGCCACAACUCGGUACCGAUUUUUCACAAACUUUCCCGGAGCAGGAGAAGACGAGACCAGUUUUAUCAGGAAAUUGCGACGCUUCGACGUUUAUUAAUCACAACAUAUCGGAAACGGUAAUGGCGAAUCUUGAAAAUACACAAAUGUUACACGCUGAUGAAACUGGUUCGGUUACAUUGCCCCCCGUUUAUUCCGGUGAUCAAGCACUUACACCGGAGAGUAUACGAGAAAUAGAGGAAACAUUGAACCAGCAGUUUUUUAACAUCGGAAUGAACAUUAAUCUUGAAAAUAGUCAUUCGAGACAUUCAAACAACGCGAACCCGAAUGAUUUUGAAGGUGCAAAAGGCAUAGAGGAAGAGCAACAAACGGUGCUGAACGUUAUGUACGAAAACACUGACAAUGAUAAUACCAGUAACAAUAACAAUAAUGAUAAAAAAGACGAAGGGAAUGACAGCAACGUAGAACCAUCCGAAGAGCAUGUAUUUUCAUCGCAAUUGGAUUCAUUCGAGAUGGAUCAUAUUGCGUUGCAAUCGGACACUGAAAUUGAUAUCGGAUUGGUUGCAAGCGAUUCAACGAGUAUGGUAAGUAUACUCCCUAGAACUGCGAAAGAACAUCGGCUGUCUACUUCCGUUACAACGUCCGAGGAUGCCCAGGACAGAGAUGAUUCGGGAAAAACUAGUAUUCAAACGGUAGUGUUCAUUUCGCAAGAAAAUCUUUCGAGAAAGGAAGAUGCAACGACGGAAUUGGAAGGAGUGAACGAAGAUGAUAUUCGAAAACAAUGCGUAAUGAGUCCGAUGCUAUUGACAGAAGGGUUCGGAGGAUCGGUACAACAAGAAACGAUAAAGAAUCAAUCAGAAGUGAACGCGAUGUCUUCCUGUACGAAUAAAAUAUCACACGGUGAAUCUUUGUUACAAUGCCAUAUGUGUAGUCAACAAGGAUUUACGGCAAUCGGAUUAAAGGAACAUUUAAAGACUCAUCGUGGAACAAAGGAAUAUCAAUGUACGGAGUGCUCUUCAAGAUUUUGCACAAACGGUGGACUGAACAGACAUUCGAAGAUACACGUUGUUAAGCAAUCAUGGAAGUGUUCGUCUUGUGAGAAAUAUUUCAGUAGCAGAACGCAGUUGCGAUCGCAUAGCAAAAUUCAUGAAAUCUCGAUUUGGAACGCAAUGUCUACGGGAACAGAGAACUCGCAGAUUGUCACAGAGACUUCGGUUUCGUCAGAUUUACAACCAGUUACGAAUAACGGCGACCCGUGUUUAAACGAUAUCGCGAUAGAUCCAGACUCAGCUGUCUCUGAAAAAGUUCUGUUGGACACAAUGGCGGAAAAGGCAGUGAUGGAUCAAAUAGAAACUGUUUCAGGGGAGAGAAGGGAACGAAAAGAAUACACGAAUAAGUGUAAGUCUUGUCCGAAAACUUUUCGCAAGCCCAGUGAUCUUAUAAGGCACGUGCGUACACAUACAGGAGAACGACCUUACAAGUGCGAUUUCUGCAGCAAAAGCUUUGCCGUGAAAUGUACUUUGGAUUCGCAUACGAAAGUUCAUACCGGUAAGAAGACGUUCCGAUGCCAUGUUUGUAACAGUAUGUUUGCAACCAAGGGCAGUCUAAAGGUUCACAUGCGGUUACAUACAGGUUCGAAGCCAUUCAAAUGUCCUGUAUGCGACUCGAGAUUUCGGACUUCGGGCCACAGAAAAGUACAUUUAUUGAAACACGCGCGGGAACAUAAGGAGAGUCCAAAGAGGAAACAGAAACAUCUGAAAGUUGCUGCCAUAGCAGAAGUAGCGGCUGAUUUAGAAAAACUUGGUGGAAAUAUAGAGAAAACGAGUAGCUUCGAAUUGGAUCAACAGCAGCAACAAUUGCCGCAGACAAAGGAUUAUCCUCACUUGGAAACAAUUAGCGUCGAGACAGCUGCAACCUGUUUAACUGAUCAAAUCAACUUUGAUACCGAUACCGAUACCGAUGCGGCUAUCGUAUCGAACAAUAAUCCAACAAUGGCAGCGAACGAAGGAAAUCAGCAGUUGGUUACUAAUCUACAUUUUCUUUUAACGAACGGACUGGUGACUAUUCAAACCGAGGAAUCGUUAUUGUCGCAAUCGACGUCGGUUAAUAACGUGUCCUACAAUCGUUCGACUAUGACGUCCGAUUCCGUGUGUAUACCGACCCUCUGUAUUUCAUCCGGUAUCAGCAACAACGAUCAUGCCAAGGAAGAUAUUCAUACAGGGCAAAUGAUGAAAGCACAAUUACCGUCAUCAUCGUCGUCGUCGUCGUCGCAUCAAAAGAAAUCUAACAACUGUCUGUUAACGGUUGCAACUUCUACGGUGCAAAUGGAGCAACCAUUGUCGAAAGUGUUUGCUGAUAAAUCUUUAUCGACAACAACUAAAACGUUAACCAAAGGAAACUCGGCCAGAAAAGAGUGUGACAUUUGUGGAAAAACAUUUACGAAGCCUUAUCAGGUUGAAAGGCAUAAAAGGAUUCAUACGGGUGAUCGACCGUACAAGUGCGAUUUGUGUACAAAAUCAUUCGCUCAAAAAUCUACUUUACAAAUGCAUCAGAAACAUCACACGGGGGAUCGUCCGUACGCCUGUCCGUACUGCGAAUAUUCUUUUACACAAAAAGGCAACUUGCGAACACACGUGAGACGGGUACAUCAGUUGGAUACGAUCAAUGCGAAGAAACUGAAGCGCGGCCGUCAAUAUUUUCUACCUAAAUCAAUUCAAGACAGCGUACUUGAAACAAAGACUUUGAAUUUAGAUGACAUACCGUUCGUUGAAUUCCUUAAAUAGGAUGUACAAAUUUCACCUCCUAUCGAUUUGUUUUAUUAAUGAAAUUUAUUCCAACUACUACUCGAAACCCGAUAUACUGUACACAAUAUACUCUACGUUCUUCCAAUGUGUUUUACGACAGUCAACGUUCAACCGUUAGUUUUGCGUUAUCCUGAACAAAACGAACGAAAUAAUCCAUCGUGUUUGAUGUAUAGAACACGUUUACUCUGUUUAUAUGAUAUAUAGUGAAAAUAAAAUUUUUAAGACAUA